CCGGGCCGCGCGUCUGUGCGGGCGGUUGCCGGCUGAAGGGACGUGGCCUUGGCCCGCCUUAGCCGUGGGCCCUUACCUGGGGCCGAAGUCCCGGUGACCAGCGAGCGCUGUCCCCAGAGGCGACUGGCCCGGGUGUACCGCCCUCGGGUCCUGCCCAGAGCCCGUGGUGGCGGCCCGGGGAGGGGCGCGAGCUGGCGGAGUCUCCUCCUCCAUCCCCCCGGGCCCUCCUCGUGGCCGAGCAGCGCGAGUGACCUGUAGGCCCGAGGCCGGAGGAGGGGACACGGUGCCCGCCGUCCCCUCAGCUGCUUCUGUAUGAGUGUGCAGAGCAAAAGUCCUUACUUUGCUACUGAAACCAACUUACACCUAGAAGAGAAUAUCAUGCAAAGAACUUACUUCUGAUUUGGUCUUUCUUGCCAAAAACAAAAGGAGAAAGGCCUAUCUCUGGAUCUGAAAAAUCUUGGGAGUGCAUCUGUCGUCCUGUAUGAGGAAUUGUGGAGGCACUGCAGUGAAGAGAUGUGUGAUCAUGGACUCUCCCUGCUGACUAUCACCACCUGCUCUCCUUGAUAAGUGAGCAAGAAAGUGGAUUGGCAAGAAGGAAAAGAGGUCAACAUGAAGCUGAAGCAGCGAGUCGUGCUGUUAGCAAUACUCCUUGUCAUCUUUAUCUUCACCAAAGUUUUCCUGAUUGACAACUUAGAUACAUCAGCUGCCAACCGGGAGGACCAGAGGGCUUUUCACCGAAUGAUGACUGGUUUGCGGGUGGAGCUAGUGCCCAAGCUGGACCACACCCUGCAGUCUCCUUGGGAGAUAGCAGCCCAGUGGGUAGUGCCACGGGAAGUAUACCCCGAAGAGACACCAGAACUGGGAGCAAUCAUGCAUGCCAUGGCCACCAAGAAAAUCAUUAAAGCUGAUGUGGGUUACAAAGGGACACAGCUCAAAGCGUUACUGAUACUUGAAGGAGGACAGAAAGUCGUCUUCAAACCUAAGCGGUAUAGCCGAGAUUAUGUAGUAGAAGGGGAGCCAUAUGCUGGUUAUGAUAGACACAAUGCAGAGGUAGCAGCCUUUCAUUUGGACAGGAUUCUGGGUUUUCGCCGAGCCCCCUUGGUGGUUGGCAGAUUUGUAAAUCUGCGGACAGAAAUCAAGCCUGUUGCCACGGAGCAGCUGCUGAGCACCUUCCUCACUGUAGGUAACAAUACUUGUUUCUAUGGAAAGUGCUAUUACUGCCGGGAAACAGAGCCAGCUUGUGCUGAUGGAGACACAAUGGAGGGGUCUGUCACACUUUGGCUUCCAGAUGUGUGGCCUCUGCAGAAACAUCGACACCCCUGGGGGAGGACAUACCGAGAAGGCAAACUGGCCAGGUGGGAGUAUGAUGAGAGCUACUGUGAUGCUGUGAAGAAAACAUCCCCAUAUGACUCAGGCCCACGCCUCUUGGACAUCAUUGACACUGCAGUCUUUGAUUACCUGAUUGGCAAUGCUGACCGUCAUCACUAUGAGAGCUUUCAAGAUGAUGAAGGCGCUAGUAUGCUCAUCCUUCUUGAUAAUGCCAAAAGCUUUGGGAACCCUUCGCUGGAUGAGAGAAGCAUUCUUGCCCCUCUCUAUCAGUGUUGCAUUCACCCCCAGAAAAGACUGCUUCCUGGAAGCCUGUGGACAGGGCCACCAUGCACACUGGGGACAUCAGGCUGGGUUUCGGUUCCCCGCCCGGGUCACAUGUCAGACGCGCCCUACCCGCGGAUCGGUCGUCGUAGCGGCAACUCCAAUCCCCGCCGGCCCCUGGAUCCCGGAGCGGAAGCCGCGCGGUCUGCGGAGCGCAGGGUGGCCAUGCCUGGCGGCCCGCGCGCGCCCCGGCUCGGCCUCCUCCUGCUGCUGCCGCUGCUGUUGCCGUCCCCAAGCGCGCCUGGACACCGCGCCGCCGCCGGGCCGAGGGAGCGGGCGGGCCGGCCGGGCUCCCCCGGGGCCUGGCCCGGCGUCCAGCGCCUGCGGGAGCAGCUGCGGGCGGCCGCUGCCCUCUCCAGGCGGUACUGGGCACUUGUCAGCUGCCAGGUGUGGCCCGAGCACUGCGAGGAAGACAGUGAGGAGGACGCGGGGACCCCGGGCUGGAGCUUUCCCCAGUGGUCCCUGGAGAUGCUGAGCACGUGGUUCUGCAGCUUCCAGGACUGCUGCGAAGGUGGCCGGGACUGCAGGAUCACCAAUGACUUCCCAGGCUUAGAGUUGGACCUGAGUGUGCUGCUGCAUGGCCAGCACCUGGCCCGCGAGCUGGUCCUAAAAGCAGUGAGGGGCUACUUACAGAUGCCCCGGCCACACAAGGCGCUGGUUCUGUCAUUCCACGGCUGGUCUGGCACAGGCAAGAACUUUGUGGCACAGAUGCUGGCAGAGAACCUGUAUCGGGACGGGCUGAGGAGCGACUGUGUCAAAAUGUUUAUCGCCAUGUUCCACUUCCCACACUCCCAGUUUGUGGACCUGUACAAGGAGCAGCUGCUGAGCCAGAUUCAGGAGAUGCAGCAGCGCUGCCACCAGAGUUUGUUCAUCUUAGACGAGGCCGAGAAGCUGCACCCAGAGCUGCUGGAGCUCCUUGGACCACACCUGGAGCGUCAGGCCCCUGAAGGCCACAAGGCUGAGGCUCCAAGAUCCAUCUUCCUCUUUCUCAGUAACCUUGGGGGCAAUGCCAUCAAUGAGGUGGUCCUAAAUUUGCUCAAGGCUGGACGAUCCCGGGAAGAAAUUACGAUGGAGCAUGUGGAAUCACACCUCCAGGCUGAGAUCACAGAGUCUGAAGACAGUGGAUUUGGCCACAGCCAUCUUGUGAAGGAGCUGGUUGAUUUCUUUGUCCCCUUCCUGCCACUGGAGUUCCGUCACGUGAGGCUGUGUGCUCGCGAUGCUUUCCUGAGCCAGGAGCUCCCGUACACAGAAGAGGCUCUGGAUGAAAUUGCCAAGAUGAUGACCUAUGUCCCCAAAGAGGAGCAGCUGUUCUCCUCCCAGGGCUGCAAAGCCAUUGCCCAGAGAAUUAGUUACAUGCUGCCCUGAAGGCUGCAUAGGCUUCCUCCUCCACUAACCUCCAGAUCGGCUAGGGAAGCAUUUGGUGUCCACGAUCACUAACACAACUCAUGUGUAAAAUGGAGGCUUUGAAGCAGAAGCAAGUCUUAAAAAUCACCUAGUGCCUUAAAGACCUGCAUUGCACAAUGUGGGCCAGGAGGCUGGAGGACAUCAGUGGGGAGAUUGGUAAACCCCAAAGGCUCCGUAGAAUUCUGGCUGUGGUGUCCUUGGCAGUACAGGUACGGAACAGGGAAGAAGGAAGUUCUACUGCCCAGCAAUGGGGAACACACCUCACAUGUGGGCUGGCUUUCACAUUCUUACUCCCAGAAGAAAGCUGAGCAGAUGAGCAAAGAGCCUUAGGCUAAAGGGAAAGGUGCAUGGGGAGAUACUUCAAAAUCGCAUGAGUGUAGGCUAACACUUGUUCUGCUCUGCAGACUGAAAAACAAAACCUUUUAAAAAAGUAAUUAGGGGCCUUAGCUGGAUGUGGUGGUUCAUGCAUGUCAGUCUAGCACUAGGGAGGUAGAAGCAGAAGGAACUUAUGUUCAAAGCCAGACUGAAUGGCAUAGCAAGACCAUGUUUCAAAAACCAACAAAAAUGCAGAGUGCAUGCCUGCCGAGUUCAAACCCCAGUACCAUCACCAAAAAAAAAGCGUGGGGGGGGUGGACUUGACAUGACAUUGUUAUAAAGAUUAAAAUUUGUAUUUUUUUAAUAUCCUUGGCCUACUUCCUCACUGAGACCUCAUAAUGUGCUCGCUUAGUAAAAUUUCAAAUGCCAGGUAAUCCUGAUGGGGACCAGUAGAGAUGAGGUGAGGGCCAGCAGGGUGUGUGGCUGGUCUGUUUCAGUUUGCUUUGGGACCAUGCUGGCUGAACCAAGUUAUGCCAGCCUCUUCCUAAACAGGCUUCCAAGGCAUGGUGUGCUUACAUGUGAAACCUGUGUAAUGUGCUUUCCACCUCCCAGGUUUGGUCCCCUUUUCUUGGUUCUUCCCUUCUACUGCACUUCUGGAAUAACAUACCAUUUGUCAUUAUGUCAAGUUCUCUUUUGAAGCCCUCCUCAACCCUUUCUCCUUUAGCCCUUGUAAAUUAGAAUACCUUUAUCUCCCCAUGCAACAUUUUUUUGGGCUUAAGCACUCAACUGCCAAGGUUGGGAGUACCUGGCCCAGUCACAUUAGGUACUCAAUAAGCAUUCAAAUAAAUGAAUUAAAGCAGCUUAGCUUCACACCACCAAUGGACAAAAGUAAACUAGGCCUACUGGCAAGUCAAAUGGGGCAAGUUUUAGCUGCUGGCUCACUAUCCUGCAGUCCAGAACUCUCUAGAAGAACAUGCAGCUGCUGCCCGAACCUAGUACACACCCAGCUCUAAACUCUUGAUAUACUUUGGAGGGUAUGGCAUGUUUGAAUCUGAGACAUAAAACGGUCCAUGUUCUCUUAGAACUAGCCAGCCAUGUUUGGUGUCAAGUAGAGGAUCUAAAGGACCCACCUUGGAAAGACAAGCAGCAGUAAAACAUAGUUCCAGCCACCAUCUCCAGUCAAUUGUGGCUCUGCCACUUAACCACUGUGAGACACUAGGAAAGCUACUCAUCCUCAUCCUCGUUCUCACUUCAGCUUCCAUUUGGGCAUCACUACAUGGCCCACAGGGCGUGGGGAGAAUCCGUGAGCUCAUCAGUUGCUCUUAAUCUUUCACAUGGUAUCCCCUCUUCAGCUCAGAAGAACUGACUUGCAGAAAAGUAAUGUACCUGUCUGAAAAGAAAAUGCAAAUGCUGGGCCCAGGAGGUUGAGGUCUGUUUCAGAGAUCUGGGGAGGAAGAAAGCAGUCUUGCUGUAUCUUCUCCUAUGAAAGCCUUUUGUGCCCCAUGAGCCCACUAAGAUAGAGCUUUUAGAUGAAGAAAUAGCCCCUCUAUCUUCCUCAGGGAGUCUUUAAUAAACCUGACUCUUUCUACCAAGUUCUGUCUCCCAGGCUUUCCAUGAGCAGCAUGAACAUUUA